AUGGGGGCAAUUGAAGCUUGCAGUUAUUCGGUUCGAGCAAUCAAAGAGUACAGCAGACAGGCCGCCAGCGCACCCAAAGCCCCGCAAGAUCCGCCGAAGGGAACACCCUUGGUGUUUACCGAGGCCGAUACAAUCGGGCUGCAUAAACCGCAUAACGAUGCCUUCGUCGUCGAACUACUUCUCGACGAUGUUGAAGUUAGCCGUAUUUUGGUCGAUACGGGUAGUUCGGUUAACAUUAUCUUCAAGGAAGCACUCGACCAGCUCGAGUUGGCAUCAGAUAGGAUUGAGCCGUUUAUCGAGCCACUUACCGGUUUCGAUGGAGAACGUUGUAUGACGGUCGGCAUGGUCAAUAUUCCGAUCUACCUCGGCGGAGUCGCAAAGAUUAUCCAGUUCCUUAUCCUCGACAAACCAGCGAUCUACAACGCUAUUCUCGGUACACCUUGGCUACACGCGAUGAAAGCGGUCGCCUCGACGUACCAUCAGUGCCUAAAGUUCCCGACUCCCGACGGUGUUUACACUCUCCGAGGAAACCAAGCCGUUGCUCGAUCGUGCUACAUAAACGAGUGCAGACUUCAUUCGGCCAACCAAGCUUGUGUCAUUAGUUCGCUAGGACCAACGGACAAGCUCGUCAUCCAGCAGACAAAACCUAAGCAGGAAUCGAUCGUUCAAGUUUGUGUCGACGAACUAAGGCCAGAGCGUCAAGUCGGAAUCGGCGCCAAGCUCGAUCCAGUGAUCCGCGAGCCACUCAUUCACUUUCGGAAACAGCAUUCAUCAACCUUCGCUUGGUCAGUAGAAGAUAUGCCCAGGAUCGAUCCACAGAUCGCGUGUCACGAGCUCAACAUUGAUCCGACGUAUAAGCCAAUCAAGCAGAAACGCCGAAAGCUCGGACCAGAGAAAGCACAACCCGUGAAUGAUGAGGUCGAGCGGUUACUCAAAGCCGGAUCCAUCACCGAAGUCAAGUACCCAGAUUGGUUAGCAAACCCCGUGGUCGUAAAGAAGAAGAAUGGUAAAUGGAGGAUCUGCGUCGAUUUUACCAACCUCAAUAAGGCGUGUCCGAAAGAUAGUUUUCCCUUGCCUCACAUCGACCGCCUAGUGGAAGCGACUGACGGGAACGAACUACUCUCGUUUAUGGACGCAUUCUCCGGGUACAAUCAGAUCCUUAUGCAUACGCAAGAUCGGGAGAAGACAUUGUUCAUCACAGACCGCAGCAUCUACUGCUAUAAGGUCAUGCCCUUCGGCCUGAAGAAUGCUGGAGCAACGUACCAACGACUGGUAAACCGGAUGUUCGCAAGCCAGCUUGGGCGGACUAUGGAAGUUUACAUCGACGAUAUGCUCGUAAAGUCGUUCAUUGCUUCCGAACACGUCGGCCAUCUUCGCACAUGCUUCGAUAUUCUGGACCAAUAUGGUAUGAAGCUUAAUCCCACCAAGUGCACGUUCGGCGUGACAUCUGGAGAGUUCCUCAGAUACAUUGUUACGCAACGAGGCUUUGAAGCUAAUCCAAAGCAGAUCGCAGCUAUUCUCGAGCUCCCAUCGCCGACAACCAAACGCGAAGUCCAGCGACUCACCGGACGUAUCGCAGCACUUAAUCGAUUUAUAUCCAGAUCGACGGACAAGUGCUUACCUUUCUACCAACUUCUUCGCAGUAACAAACAUCUUGAAUGGAAUGAGAAGUGCGAAGAAGCCUUCGCCGAGCUAAAGAAAUACUUGUCCACUCCGUCAGUUUUAUCCAAACCUGAAACCGGAGAGACACUCUAUCUUUAUAUCGCAAUUUCGGAGUUCGCAGUCAGUAGUGUACUUGUUCGAGAAGAUCGUGGCGAGCAGAAGCCAAUUUUCUACACAAGCAAAUCCCUCGAUGGAUCGGAGUAUCGUUAUCCGACUUUGGAGAAAUUCGCCUUUGCCGUGGUUAUUUCUGCAAGGAAAUUACGCCUGUACUUCCAAUCCCACGCGAUCGUGGUCCUGACCGAUCAUCCUCUUCGUACUUUCCUUCAUAGCCCAAGUCAAUCCGGACGACUCGCCAAGUGGGCCAUCGAACUUAGCGAAUACGACAUCGAAUACCGAGGAAGAACUGCAACGAAAUCCCAAGUCCUGGCAGAUUUCUUGGUUGAACUCCCACCGGAGCUCGUCGAAGCUAAUCCGGUCGUACAACCCUGGAUCCUUCACGCGGAUGGUUCCUCGUCUCAUAAAGGAUCUGGAGUCGGAAUUCGUCUCAAAUCACCCGAAGGAGAAGUUAUCGAGCAGUCAUUUCGACUCGGCUUCCCGGCGUCUAACAACGAAGCCGAGUACGAAGCAUUGAUUGCCAGACUACGACUUGUCAAAGGUAUCGGCGCCGAGCAUGUGCACGCCUACUGCGAUUCUCAACUCGUGGCUAACCAGUUUUACGGCGAGUACGAGGCCAAGAACGACCGCAUGGACGCAUAUCUCAAAGUCCUCAAGGAUGUUGCUUCGGAGUUCCUUACCUUCGAACUUACAAAGAUACCUCGAGAUGAGAACGCAACCGCCGACGCCUUAGCCGCUCUCGCGACUAAUUCUGAUCCCGAUCUUCAGCGAACUAUCCCAGUUGCAGCAAUCGAGCAACCAAGUAUCGAGCCCACUCAGAACUGCAGUAUCAUUACAAGACGGCGUGAUUACGAAGCCCAACCCAAUCUCGCUCCACCCCUCACCCAGAAGACGAAACCCAAAGAGGUCACUCCCGAUCUCAAUAACGACACGGACGAACUCAAUGAAAACGAAUCCGAUCCUGAGGACGAAUCCGAAGGCCAACAUGUUCCAAUCGAUAUCGAAGCCGAAGGAGACGACGAACCCAAAGAUUGGACCUUGGAGAUCGUGGGAUACAUCAGAGACGGAACAGUUCCCGCAGAUAAAUGGGCAGCUCGGCGCCUUAAGGCUCGCGGUGCUCGAUAUGUGGUCAUUAAAGGUACUCUCCUCAGAUGGGAUGCAUCCGGUGUACUCUUGACUUGCGUUCACGGAAACGACAUCACGGAAGUAAUGCAGAAGGUCCAUGAAGGGGAAGGAGGAAAUCACUCCGGAGCUCGGUCUUUGGCAUUUAAGAUCAAAAAAGCUGGCUAUUACUGGCCUACUAUGCUCUCUGAUUGCGAGAAGUAUACGGCACGCUGCGAGAAGUGCCAACGUCAUGGUCCAAUGAUCAAUCUUCCUACCGAGCUCCUGAUGACCUCGACCGCACCAUAUCCUUUCAUGCGCUGGGCAAUGGAUAUUAUCGGUCCCUUUCGCCGAUCUACAACUCAGAAGCAAUAUGUUUUGGUCGUCACGGACUACUUCACCAAAUGGGUUGAAGCCGAAGCAUACCCCGAGAUUCAUGGAAUCGAUGUCAAGAAGUUUGUCUGGAAGUUCAUCAUCUGCCGACACGGAGUCCCGUACGAGAUCGUUACGGACAAUGGAACCCAGUUCACUUCGAUCAUUUUCACAGAUUUUUGUGCCAUAUGGAAGAUUCGACUAAGUUUCUCUACCCCGCGAUACCCGCAAGGAAACGGACAAGCCGAAGCCACAAACAAGACCAUUAUUGAUAGACUGAAGAAACAACUCGAUACCGAUAAGGGAACUUGGGCGGACGAGCUUGAUGGCGUGUUGUGGUCUCACCGAACUACACCACGACGUUCGACCGGUCAGUCACCAUUCUUCCUUGCAUAUGGCACAGAAGCUAUGUGUCCAGCCGAACUCAACGUCCCAAGUAUUCGCCGAACUAUGCUUACCCAGCAACCCGACGCGAAUAACAACAUGAUGAUUGACGCACUCGACUUGGUCGAAGAACACCGCGAACGAGCAUUGCUCCGAAUACAGAACUACCAGCAACUUGCAGCUCGCUACUACAACAAAAAGGUUAAAGGCCGUCACUUUGAAGAUGGCGAUCUCGUACUGCGCAAAGUCUAUCAAAAUACAAAAGAAAAAAACGCAGGAAAACUUGGUGCGAACUGGGAAGGACCGUACCAAGUGAUGAAGGUGGUUAAGCCCGGCGUUUAUCAACUUAUGAAGUUAGACGGAACUCCGAUCCCGCGAUCUUGGAACUCAAUGCAUCUCAAACGCUACUACUACUAG